AGUAGCCAUGAUAGUUCCCCAUCUCUCUCAAUUAUAACCAAGAGAAGUACCCAUGAUAGCUGCUCGUCUCUCUCAAUUGUAACCAAGAGAAGUACCCAUGAUAGCUCCCCAUCUCUCUCAAUUAUAACCAAGAGAAGUACCCAUGAUAGCUCCUCGUCUCUCUCAAUUAUAACCAAGAGCAGUACCCAUGAUAGCUGCUUGUCUCUCUCAAUUAUAACCAAGAGAAGUACCCAUGAUAGCUCCUCGUCUCUCCCAAUUGUAACUAAGAGAAGUACCCAUGAUAGCUCCUCGUCUCUCUCAAUUAUAACCAAGAGAAGUACCCAUGAUAGCUCCUCGUCUCUCUCAAUUAUAACCAAGAGCAGUACCCAUGAUAGCUCCUCGUCUCUCCCAAUUAUAACCAAGAGAAGUACCCAUGAUAGCUGCUCGUCUCUCUCAAUUGUAACCAAGAGAAGUACCCAUGCUAGCUCCACGUUUCUCUCAGUUAUAACCAAGAGAAGUAGCCAUGAUAGCUCCUCGUCUCUUUCAAUUGGAACCAAAAGAAGUACCCAUGAUAGCUCCUCGUCACUCUCAAUUAUAACCAAGAGAAGUAGCCAUGAUAGCUCCUCGUCUCUCUCAAUUAUAACCAAGAGAAGUAACCAUGAUAGCUCCUCGUCUCUCUCAAUUGUAACCAAGAGAAGUAGCCAUUAUAGCUCCUCGUCUCUGUCAAUUGUAACCAAGAGAAGUACCCAUGAUAGCUCCCCAUCUCUCUCAAUUACAACCAAAAGAGGUACCCAUGAUAGCUCCUCGUCUCUAGCAAUUAUAACCAAGAGAAGUACCCAUGAUAGCUGCUCAUCUCUCUCAAUUAUAACCAAGAGAAGUACCCAUGAUAGCUUCGCAUCUCUCGCAAUUAUAACCAAUAGAAGUACCCAUGAUAGCUCCUCUACCCAUGAUAGCUCCUCGUCACUCUCAAUUGUAACCAAGAUAAAUACCAAUAAUAGCUCAUCGUCUCUCCCAAUUAUAACCAAGAGAAGUACUCAUGCUAGCUCCACGUCUCUCUCAAUUGGAACCAAGACACGUGCUCAUGAUAGCUCCUCGUCUCUCGAAAUUGUAACCAAGAGAACCACCCAUGAUAGCCCCUCGUCUCUCCCUAUUGUAACCAAGAGAAGUACCCAUGAUAGCCCCUCGUCUCUCCCAAUUGUAACCAAGAGAUUCCCAUGA